UCUCAUCCUUUACAUUUUCAUUUUCAUUUCAUAUAUUCAUAUCAAAUCAAAUCAACCACCAACCUUUAAUCCUUUAUCUUCAUCUUCUUCCCAUCAUCAUCAUCAUCUUCUGAGCUUCAUUAUUAAAAAAAAUGAUAAGAUCUCGUUUCUCCAUGCAACCGAUCACCGGCGCUACCACCACCAUCACGGCCGAUCACACAAAUGCCGCCACCUCCCGCUCCGUUCCUCACUCUCUCUCCUUCCAUUUCUCUCCCAUUAACCUCCCUCUUCGCUCACGUCACUCUCGCUUCCAUAAACCCAGAUCCUUUCUUAUUUCAUGUAAUUCAUCUCUCAGCAGAUCCAAUUUCAGCGAUCAUCACAACAACAACAAUGAAAACGACUUUCUCGAAGCUUCUAUUCUUCUCUCAGAAACAAUAGCACACUAUGGAAUGUGGAGACAUCGUUUUCAAUCUGAGUUACAACGUAAAUCACCCGUGUUACCAUUUCCAGAAAAUAGCUCAAGAAGGGAUAGUAAUUUAUUCAGACAGGGGUUUCUACAGCGUUUUCAGAAUCCCACAAUUUUUCUCAAGAUUUCUUGUGAUGGAGACUAUGUUCUGCCUAUUGUUGUAGGAAAGAUUGCUAUUGAAAAGCUUAUAGAUGCUGAAGUGGAACAAGAGAUCGAGGAUUGGCCGGAUCAGUUCCAGUUUGUGAAUAACCUAGUUGAAAGACUAGACCAUGAAGUGAUAAUGGUGAGAAUUACAGAGCGAGUAGUCAGUACUUACUUUGCCAGAUUGUACCUUAGCCAGCCAGGGAAAAGUGAUAUUAUUAGUGUGGAUUUGCGCCCCUCAGAUGCCAUUAAUGUUGCAAAUAAAUGCAAGGCUCCAAUAUAUGUAAGUAAAGAAAUUGUUUUCACAGACGCUAUAAGACUCGGCUAUGGAAUGGGCAGAGUGCAUAAUAAAAAGGCUAUUUAUGAUGUAUUGCUUGACAGUGCCAUAGAUGGUCCAGAUUCGGUAGCUCAAGAACUAAGUAUGAUGCAUAAUAUGCAUUUAGCUAUCAAACAGGAAAGAUUUAAUGACGCAGCUACAUGGAGAAACAAACUUGAAAAUCUUCGUAAAUCAUCUCAGGAGCACUAAUUAGGUUGUUAGGUGAUAAGUUCUGAAGAGGAACUUAUGGUUAUCUUUUCCUGAUAAUUUUUCAACAGGAAUUAUUGUGGUAUAAGUUGCAGAAAUGAAGCAAAAUUAUGUGUUGUACAGCUGAAUUAGAGAGUCCUUAACCUUAGUUUGUAUAUAUUAUCAAAUCAAAUGUAUUAAGGCCUAAAACCUCUGGGAGAUUCUCGCACUUCCACUGGUACUUGGGAAUUGCAACACUAUCGAGUAUGUUUGCAAUCCUUGACAUGAACAUCAAUGAAAUCAUCAAAAGAAUUAUGGCUUUGGCACUUUCUGAUGAAUGAAUGUAAUAUUGAUACUAAUGUUGUCCCAUACUUCUCAUUGUUUUC